CCAACGCAACGUAAUUCUUAGCCCAGCUCGAGACACUUCUUUUCCCCCUCUAGACUAGACCACAUAGUCAGCCGUCUGAAUACCGCUUUAUACCCUUUAUCAAGGUGCGUAUUUCACGACGCGACUUACUUCCACGUCACGUCGCCCUCAGCUUCUUCAUUCCUCUUAAAUAAUUUACAAAUCCCGCUCUACUUUGCUUUGACUACUCCGAGUUAGCACUUCCCUGUAUGGUGUACAAUAAUCCCGCCUGUGAGCAUUAGAGCAAUCCUUAACACAGGUAUCCAGGGCAGAUAAAGUGGAUUUCGCAGAGAAGGACAGGUACCAGAUCCAUCGCUGACGCCAGUGCCAAGGUCGCGAUAUAGGAUAUCAUUGUAGGUCAUACUUACCAUGUCGAGAAUUAUUUAUUAUGAUAUUGACUGGUUCGAGGACGGCUUACAUCCUGUGUGGAGCAACAGCGACCAAGAGGGUGACCUUCCAAACGUUGACGUCGACAACAUGGACGAAGAGAUUUCGAGUCGGCUUGCUCGAGAUCACGAUGAGGAAUCCAAUCAAGGAUACCAGCAAUCCCCUUCGCAACAGCGCGACGAUAUCACCAUCCCUAUCCAAGCCACUCUAAACGGCCGGGACGUUCUUUUUCCUAUGAGUUACGAGUUACAUAGUCCUCCGAGUUACGGCUCACGUGAAAUACGUGCCUACUAUUACGACUCCGAAGAGGAGAGCUUGAAAAUAUGGCUUCAAAAUAGCCAAUUAGUCACAGCGAACACAUACUCUUGGUGGUGGUUCCCGAUCGUGGUUGAAAGGGUAAACAACAAACUGUACAACUGGGACCUCCGGUGCUAUUGGGACUCCGAUUCCGACGGAUGGACUCCGGGAUACCACGACGAGGGGUAUGAUUCCUACGAUGAGCGAUACGGUUGGCUGAGCAACCAGGAUUGGGAAGAUGAACGCGAGUUCGGUGGUGAUGAGUCUUUGGGAUGGGGUACAGCUAUCCCAGGCGAAAUUGACGAGAAUCUCCCGAACCCGGCCAACUUCCCUCCGGACCGUGAUUACUUUAUUCACCCUCAUCACCCUACCGAUCCGUGGUGGCCACUUUCAUAGUGUUUUUAAGUCCGGGUAUGGUAAUGGCUCGUUAGGUAAGUCGGUCCUAGGUUAGACGGCGAGGAAGGUUUCUUGUAGUUGAAAAGCGUACUUGAACUGACGAUGUAUAUUAGGGGGGUUUAGGGCCGCGCCAUCGACUAUAUCGCUCGAGGUUAGAGAUACGUUGGCACGAAAUAAUUUGUAGCAUAUGAACCACAUCGAUUCAGACCUAGGUCUGCAAAAUGGUUGGGAGGAUGGAU